UACGACUGCGGAGCACCAGCAUAUUUACAUAAAGACAAACACACCCGCCAUGUUGUUUGCCAGUGUGCUGAAUGUCUCGGCCAAGAUAAAGUGGUGGGAUGAAGCCAUCAAUGAGCAGCUUGCCAUUGGUGUCUUUCUGGUUUAACCACCUUUAGAUAAAUGCUAGAAUAUAUGAUGAGGAUGGAAAAGUGAUUAAAGCCAUACCAUGCACGAGCAUCCUCAGUACACAAUUGAUCAUGGAUAAUAUCAUUGUUGGCUUUUACAAAAUGUACCUUACUUUUAAAAAUACAUCACCACUUUAGUUGUAGUAAUCACUAUUUUUAUAAAAACUCUAGACCUUGAUUUUAUUUUGUUUUUCAAUGUCUCAUAUAUGCUAUCCUUUUUCCAGUUUGUGCGUCUGCCUGGCCCACCAUCAAUAAUUAUAUAGAUCCACCCCUGCUGUUUGUGGAGAAGUCAGAUUAAAAAGGUGAACAUAAAAGGAAAGAAAUAAAUCAGAUCCCAUUACAGAGCAAAAGAUGGAGCUGCUGAAUAAAAAAAACAAAGAAGAUGGCUCUGGUGGUGAUGACUGCCCCGCCUAUGUCUUCUUUCACGUCCUCAGAUACAUAAUAAAAGCGAUUGUUCCAUCGAUAAGUUCACACGUACUUUUGUGCUUGUAAGAAGAAACAUGAGCGGACGAGGCAAAGGAGGUAAAGGACUCGGUAAAGGAGGCGCCAAGCGUCACCGUAAAGUUCUCCGUGAUAACAUCCAGGGAAUCACCAAACCCGCCAUCCGCCGUCUGGCUCGCCGUGGCGGUGUGAAGCGUAUUUCUGGCUUGAUCUACGAGGAGACUCGUGGUGUGCUGAAGGUCUUUCUGGAGAAUGUGAUUCGUGAUGCCGUCACCUACACCGAGCACGCUAAGCGGAAGACCGUGACCGCUAUGGAUGUGGUUUAUGCUCUAAAGAGGCAGGGCCGCACUCUGUACGGCUUCGGAGGUUAAACAACGACUUGUACAUCCAACUACCAAGGCCCUUUUAAGGGCCACCCAACUCCAUAUUAUGAGCAAAGUUCGCUGUACCUCCCAC